CCGCGGGUCUUCAGCCAAAACUUGACGGGACGCUCUUUGUCUUGUGUUCAAAUAAUUAAUAUCUGCGGUGUGUGCUUCUGACCCAAGGGACAAAUAAUUCCUCUCGUGAAGUCUGCCUACAAGCCAUGGUGUCGUGGUCCGUUUCGUCUUCACUUGUGUUGCUAUGGACGCUUCUGGUAGUACAGUGUCAUGGCCAUAAACACAACAUUCAAGCAGAUCGCGUGAAGAGAACUAUCGGGGGCGAAUCUUUUUCGAGGGGGACUUGGCCGUGGCUUGCUCUGCUCCGCGCCACCAUCGUGACCAACCGUCUCUUCGGCUUCUUCCCCGUGAGUCACUAUCAUUUGUACUGCGGUGGAGUACUCAUCUCCGACCGUUGGAUUCUGUCCGCAGCACAUUGUUUCACCGAGAAUGGGGAACCAGCCAGGCGCCCUUGGAACUGGGAGGCCAGACUGGCUUCCGUGAGGCUGCGGCCUAGUAUCCGUGAGCGAGUAUUGGACGUCGUUGGGCGGGUGUUUGACCAAAACGAAUUACGUCAGUGGGAGAUUUCACUGGAUCGCAUCGUUGUCCACCCUGGCUACAAUGCUUCAAGUCUGUUCUCCGAUGACAUCGCUCUGGUGCGCCUGUCUCGGCCUGUGCCCAACCCUCGUCGCUUCUCGCUCAUCCAGAACGUGACUUUGCCGGACGCAAAUGACAACAGCUUUCCGAUGCCUGGCGAGGUGUGUGUUACCAAAGGAUGGGGCUGCACAGCGAGAGGCGGCGGCCCGUCCACGAGAGCGCACCAAGUGGAAAUGCCCAUCUACCCGGCCUCAAACUGCCUCAACAGCUACAACCUGAUCACCAUGGAGCGCCGUCUGUGUGCGGGACAUCGCAACAUGAACAUCGGAGUCUGCAGGGGAGACAGCGGCAGCCCACUGGUGUGCAGGAGGGGCAACGACUACGUGCUGGCUGGCAUCGUGUCCUUCACAAGUCGCCAACGACCAGAGAGUUUUCCUGCUGUGUUUACUAAAGUCACGGAUUACAUCCCAUGGAUUGAGCAAGUGACAGGAAUCCGUAAUUUUUAAAUCAACAUGCAGAAUCAAUGUCUGAGUCUGACUUCUGAUGAUUGAAAGAUACAUUAUAAUAAUUAUAUAGGCCUAUAUUUUAUAUAAAUAAUUUUUAAAAAAUAUAUUAUAUGGACCACUGUGUGUGGAAAUAACGUAUUUUGACUGCAGGCAUGACUAUAUAUGGAAUGAAUAACUUCUGAUACAGGUACAAUGUCAUGGACCAUGUGGCUAUGAAGGGGGCAUAGUAAUAAGUAUAGGGACAGCAGCUGUACUGUAAGGUCUUCAUUUGUCACAUCAGCAUCCUUCAAUGACCAGUUUGAUUAAAAUGUCACACAACUUUAUUCAUUGCACAUGAAGACAUACAAUGAUUGAAAUCCAUGACAUUACAUUGUAUUUUUAUAAAAUAAACAUCUUUUGUACCUUGCUUCUAGUGAGUCAAUAAAAUUCUCUUUGAAUGAAAAAUC